AUGGGUUCGAAAGGCGAGACUCUUCCGCCUCCGGGCUCCAAUCAGACAUAUGUAAAAGUGUCCGCCUUGAACGGAGGCUGGGUGACGCUGCCCGAAAGGCUAUUCAUCACCAACGCAGACCCCGAAGCGCUCAAGACCGUCCCAUCAAUGUGCUUUCUAAUCCAGCGUCCACGGCCCGGUGGCGGACCACCAGAGCGAAUCGUCUUCGACCUGGGCAUCAAGCGAGACAUGAGCCAGUACGCCGCUGGCAUGCAGGACCAUCUCUCCAAACGCCAACCGAUCACUAACCUGCCAGACACCAAGGCCAGUCUGGAGGAGGGCGGCCUUGAUCCGGCCAAGGACGUCGACUAUGUGAUCCUCAGUCAUACCCAUUGGGAUCACAUUGGUAUGCCGGCUGAUUAUCCCAAUUCGAAAUUCGUGCUCGGUAGUGGAACAUUGCACACUGUCAAGCACGGAGCGCCUCAUUACCCGCCUGAGAUGUUCGAAAAGGAUCCCCUUCCUUUAGACCGCAGCACCGAAUUCCCGCCUGGCCCCGACUCUCCCGGCAAAGAUCUCGCCUGCGCAACUUCGCAACAGACGUCCCACCAGUGGAAGCCCAUUAGCACCCUCAAACACGCCAUCGACUUCUUCGGCGAUGGCAGUGUCUACAUCAUCGACGCUCCCGGCCACCUCCAGGGCCACGUGAACCUGCUCGCCCGGCUCGGUCCAGAGAAGUGGGUAUACCUCGGCGGUGACUGCUGCCACGAUAGCAGAAUCAUUACCGGCGAGAAGGAGAUUGCGAUGUACCCGGAUGCCCAUGGGGAGAUGCGGAGCGUGCAUUCCAAUUUGCCGGUGGCGAGGACGACGAUUGCCAUGAUCCAGGAUUUUGUUAAGACAAAUGGGGACAAUGUUGAAUGGAUCAUUGCGCAUGAUAAGGGUUGGGCGGAUAACAACCAGGAGAGGUUCUUUCCUGGGAAGCUAUAG